GGAAAUGGAACCCGGGAACUCCCAGUUGCGAUGGAUAGCCUUAACUACUUGACUAACUCAAUUACAAACUCGUUUCAAAAUAUGAAAUAUAAUGCUAUAUCACAGAUACAAAUCGUCUUCCUUCAAUAUUUCAGCCGUCUCAACUCCGAGCGACGACCAGACAGGAGUCAUCGUUGGAUCAGUGCUCGGUGUCGUCAUUUUUAUCGUUUGCAUUGUCAUCGUUUUGUACACAGUCAUCCGCCACAAAAAACGGUUCAGGCAGUCCGUAAAACAUGAAGAUGAAGAGAGGCAAUCUCAGCACACCCCCAGCAACCCUUCAGAUGUAACCCUUGUGAAAGAUACAGGAAUACUAUCAUGGAAACAAAGACAACCUGCAGUAGAAAAAACACAAACUUGGAUGAAAAAAAUCAUGAGAAUAUUCCCAUUACAGCAUUCAAAUAAGAGAAACAUUGAGAGUGCAGUUGUAUCGGGUCGAUGGACGAGAAAAAUCAUUCCAGACACACCAGAUCCGGAAUGUCUUUCUCCAAAUCAGUACGACAAGGUCACCUCCGACCUGGACAACAAACUCGAGGGGUGCUGCAACAACUGUGAACAGAUGAACUGCAUCUGCAAAAUAAACCAACAUUUUGAGGAAGAGAAAGAUCCCCUCGAGAAUAGGAGCGAGGACGAAGUGACGGACAGUCCCUCUGAAAGCAGCAGGGCAAAUUCAGAUGUACAAGAUUUGGAACAGGGUGUUAUGAAAACCAAUUUCUGUGAACAUGUUGGGGAGAGAGAUCUCCCAGACACUUUGAAAACUGCAGACACUCUCAUCGUGAGGACAGAUUCGACUCACACUAUCAGAAAUGAUUUUGCAUAUAGCUCUAAACUCAAUAAAAAACAAACUGUCGAAGGAAAUUGGCCGAUUACAAUACAAAGUGAACAGGAUCCGAAGGGAAUAUUCAAGGAAGAAGUGGAGAGUGCACAAGUAACUUCAGGUGUGGGGGAGCUCCAAGAAAGUUCUGAAAGAAACAAUGAAUUGCAAUCAGUCGUCAACCAAUCCGUUACCGGAAAUAAGGAGACGGAAACCAGAGAGACAUUUAAAACAGUCGAAGAAGCAACAAUCGCAGAAAAACACACUAUUACGAAUGGACAGACAGGUGCCAAGUCUGAUGAAGAAAACAAUGCAUCAGAUGUCAACAAACGUGAUGAAUCAUUAGCGAGAAAAACGGACCACCAACUCCCAGGUGUGACGUUUAAUUUCCCCCCACCUAGUUCUAGCAGAAGGACUUCAGACAUGAGCAAGAUUCAGACUACUUUCAAAUCCAAGAAUACAUUAUUUCAGGUGAAUGAUGACGACGCAAAAGAUCAAAUGGCGCCAGAAGCAGUAGACAAGCAGAUGAAGGGUUCAAUUCUUCUUUCUGACUUUUCUGAGUCCAAAGGCGGACAAAAGACAGUCUCAUUCGAUAUAUAACACGCAUACGAUUCGUCAUGUUCCAUGCUGUUCCAAAUAUUCUGUUGAUUAAAUGAAAUUGGCGCGGUUAGAUGAAGAGUUCGGUUUGGUCUGACGCGUGUCCAGGGGCCAGUCGUUUGGACAGCCUUACAUGGACACACCUAAGCGCUACAAACAAGGUCAGUCGGCCGUGACGGCCACCUCAGACGACAGGUACUCUGCCCCACCUGCUGAAACAGCCUCGUCAUCGACAUGUUUAAUCUAAAUUGUUAAAAAUACAAAAGUAAUCAAUUUUAAAUCUACUUUAAUACCUUUAUACUCACCGAGCUUGGGAUUACAAUACAAAGAGUAUAUAAUAGAUCGCUCAGUAUAUUUGGUAUCCUGGCAUUGGCUGAAAUUGACACAUGGACAUCAUUAUCUUGAUGUUUGUAACACAAAUAUCAUUCAAAAUGAAUUUAAAUAAAACGAUUUAAUAGC